CUUAUCCUCUUCGUCCUUCGAUUCGUCUACCAACCAUUAAUCCCAUCUACAUCACACUUGCUGUUCAGUCACAGCCUCUAUUCAGUUUUCCUCUCCUCUUUAUUCCUCUUUCCUUUUGGUCUAUCAAGGCGAAAUCUUUCUUCCUUCGCGUUUGUUUACUUGUUGCUGCAUUACUAGCUCAAAGAAAGAUAACUCUGGACACAGCGACUGCCGCCUAAAUAGCAUUUUUAAUUUCCAGAAAACCUACCUUCAUUGUGAGCACCUAGAUGCCUGCUCCCCCACCUCCAUCCGAGGAAAAACCUCAGUGGGCUCGGGGCCCUGGACCUCAACAAGGGUACUCAUCACCGUCAGGAUCCAUGCCGCCUCAUCCUUCUGGUUCCCCAUAUCCUCAUCAUCUUCCACCUGUUGUUGGCGGUCCUCAAGGACCUGACCAACACCCUUCAAGCCAGGGUGGACCUGUCUUGCCGCCACCCCCCAUGUCGAUGGUUGGCGGGCCACCACCAAGAUCCGGCCCAUCUUUGCCCUCUUCCCGUCCCCCAACCAGUCCGUCUUUAAGCAGCGUACAUGGAAGCAAUCCACACCCUUCGGCUAUCAUGCCACCAUCGUCUCAUGGUCCUCCGCCAAGCCACAGAGCGCAGGAUGGCCAUCACCAACAUAUGGCAUCGUCUCCUCAGCCCAAUCAUAUGGCGCCAUCCCCACACCCUGUGCAGUCGCCACAUGGUCCACACCCAGGACCGCACGUAUCAUCCUCAAUUAACCAACCACCACCAGUCAACGCACCCGGACCCGGACCUGGACCUGGAUCUAGCGCUCCUCCUGCUCAGCAGACCCCUCCAGCUCCUGGUGGUGGGCCAACUUCUGCACCUCCGCCUUCUAGCAGCUACCGUCCCCUCAACGUUAGAGAUGCACUGUCAUAUUUAGAUCAAGUUAAAGUACAAUUUCAGGAUCAACCAGAUGUAUAUAAUCUUUUCUUGGAUAUCAUGAAGGACUUUAAGAGCCAAAAUAUCGAUACGCCAGGAGUUAUUGAGCGCGUUUCAACGCUGUUCAAAGGCCAUCCAACUCUCAUCUCUGGUUUCAAUACAUUUCUUCCUCCAGGCUACCGUAUCGAGUGUCUCAGCAAUGCAAACGAGGCGAACAUGAUUAGAGUUACUACACCUUCUGGACAUACAACGACGCAGAUGGGAGCACCUAUAGUAAUUUCAGAUAGGCUUCCUCCUCCUGCGCCGCAGCAUUACAACCAGUCUUCAUAUCAUAUGCAGCAGGGAAGUGGAUACCAAAACUCAAUCCCAUCUAUUUCACAAAUUCAGCUUCCCCCAGUCAAUUCUCCUGGGUAUAUGUCACAGUCCUCGUCGCAAGCUAUGGCUCCAUCUGGGGCACAAGGCGGCACCAGUAGCAAGAAAACUCCUGUAGAGUUUAACCAUGCAAUCAACUAUGUCCACAAAAUCAAGAACCGAUUUGUGAAUGAUCCUGAAACAUAUAAGCAAUUUCUGGAGUUGUUGCAGGCAUAUCAGAAAGAGAUGAAGCCAAUCACUGAUGUGUACGCCCACGUCACUCAGUUAUUUAAGAAUGCACCUGAUCUACUGGAUGAAUUUAAGCAGUUUUUGCCAGAGAAUGGCAACCCACCCAAUCCUGAACUUUUCGAUGAAAUGAUGCCUCAACCCUCGACACCUGCGCCAGCUCCUCGUUCAAUGCCAGUCCUCAGUACACUCAGUAAUGGCAUGGCUGUCGGUGAUUUCCCUAGCCCUUCGCCCAGCGAUAUGUAUGCAAAGAAAGGCAGUCAACCUCCUCCCAAUCCCGUUAUGCAGGGUGCGGGAAAGAAAAAAAGACCACCCACUGGCACAAACGACCGACCUUUACCCGAUGGCGUUGCCGGUUCCAACAAGAAGCGUAUUAAGCAUAAUCAUCCUGAGAGCGGCGGUAUUUCACCGCCUAUCUCAGCCACACAGGCCUCCGUUGUAACCAAGAACCCUGCUAGUGUUGAAGAGCUUGCCUUUUUUGACCGUGUUAAACGAUUCUUGGGAAAUAAGCAAACUUACAACGAGUUUCUCAAGCUGCUUAAUCUCUUUAGUCAAGAUAUUUUGGAUCGCAAGCUGCUGGUCGAAAAGGUGGAAACUUUCCUAGCUCCGAACAAGGAUCUUAUGGAGUGGUUUAAGGCGUUCGUUGGAUGGGAUGGCAAAGACGAAGUUAUCGAAAAUGUCGCAGCGUAUCGAGAAAAAGUUGACCUCAACACUUGCCGAAGAUAUGGCGAGAGCUAUCGUCUAUUGCCAAAGAGUGAGACCAUGUUGCCUUGCACGGGUCGCGAUGAAAUGUGCUGGGAGGUAUUGAACGAUGUCUGGGCCUCUCAUCCUAACUGGUCUGGGGAAGGCGAAGGAUUCAUGCCUCACAAGAAGAAUCAGUUCGAGGAGGCUUUGCAUAAGUGCGAGGAGGAGCGUUAUGAAUUUGAUAUGAACAUUGAGGCCAAUCUGCAUACGAUUGCUCUUUUGGAGCCCAUUGCCAAGCAAAUCCAGAGCAUGUCAUUAGACGAGCGGGCCCGGUUCAAACUCCCUGAAGGUCUUGGAGGGUCCUCUAAAACUAUAUAUAAGCGUAUUAUCAAAAAGAUUUAUGACGAUGAGCGCGGUUCCCGUGGCGCUGAAGUUAUUGAUGCCCUCCAUAACAAUCCCGCCAUUGCGGUGCCUGUCGUUCUCAAACGAUUGAAACAGAAGGACGAGGAAUGGAAGAAAUCGCAGCGCGAUUGGAACAAAGUCUGGCGCGAGGUUGAUUCUAGAAACUUUUAUAAAGCAUUGGAUCAUCAAGGCUUUACGUUCAAGGCGACAGACAAAAAGUAUAUUACAUCCAAGGCUCUUGUCGCAGAAAUUGAGGCCCUUCGUCGGGAACAGAUUGACAGACGCCUUGUUCCCUCAGUUCGUCCACGCUACCAGUUCCAGUAUGAUUUCAAAGACCCCUCCCUCUUCCGCGACACCAACAAUCUUAUCCUAUCCUUCCUUGAUCGCCAAAAUUCAUAUGUCAACAGUGAUAGAGAGAAGAUGGAGAGUUUUAUCAAGGAAUUUGUACCUCAGUUUUUCUGCUUGGAUAGUCAAUUCAUGAAUGAAGUCGAUGUUAUAAUGGGAGGAGGAGGAGAUGAUGAAUCAACCUCAAUAGAUAAAGAUCGACAUGUGUCGAAACAGGGAGAUGCACAGGUGAAAGUGGAGCCUAAGGAUGAUUCCAUUGCCGUUACUGGUCCUAGAGUACCAGUAUCGGCUGAUAAAGACCAGGCACGCACUUCGUCUCCCAAUACCAACAACACGUGGAUCCAAGUUGGGAACUAUGAUGUCAAGCCUACCAGCUUGGGAACUAACCCUGCCUCCGAUGAAACGAAGCGUAUGGCGCAUAACUUUUUCGGUAACCAGUACUAUUACUGCUUCUUCCGCCUAUAUCAGCUUGUGUAUAUUCGACUGGAGACUAUUAAACUUGCGGCUUCUGAAUUGAGCAAAACUGCUUCGGAGCGCAAGAUGAUCAAUCCUGCAGCUAUUGAUCUUGGCUUGCAGGAUCCUGAGACUGCCGAGCCGGAUAUGGGUGAAUCUGGCGAUAGCUACAUCAAACUCCUAGGAUUGAUCCAUAAGGUCUUUGAUGGAGAGCUGGAGCAAAUAGCAUUCGAAGAGCAGGCUCGUCAUAUCUUUGCGACCAAAGCCUAUAUUGUGUUUACACUGGACAAGGUCAUUGCAGCUUUGCUCAAGAAUGUUCACGUAAUUGUAACUGAUCAACGAUGCAAUGAACUUAUCGCUAUGUUCGUCAAGGAUCGUCAGCAUGAAAAGAACAGUAGGAGGCAGCAAAUCAUAUAUCGCAUGCAAGCAGAUGCAGUUGUUGGCGAUGAGAAUCUUUACAAGAUUGAAUACGCCAAGGAUGAACUGUCAAUGACCAUUCAGUUACUAAGCAAGAAUGAUUAUACGUUGGACACUGCGAUUUCAUCGGAGGAGAAAUGGGGAUACUAUAUUGAUAGCUAUGUGCUGCUGACACCAACAGAAGGUGUGCUCCCAUCCAGUUUCCCAACGUUCUUGAAAAGAAAUCUACCCUCCAACAUCCCGGAAGAACCACAACAGGAUAUCGUCACCCACAGUGGGUUGGAAGUAAAGAUUUGUAUAAAUACAUACAAGAUUUUCUUUGUAAACACGACCGAAGAUUUUUUCCAGCGCAAAGGCCGUAAAGUGAGCAUGGAAAAAUUGGCCAAGAACAGGGCACAGCGAUCACAGAAGAUGCAAACUUGGCUGAAAUCCACCCUUGAGGAGCAUGGCUCAGAUGAGACUGAACUGACAUCUGCGUUCCAAAAGUGGGCUGUCGAGGGACCAGAAGAUGUUAAGCAGGGAGUGGUGACAAAUGUCAAAACAAUACCAGCAACAGAGCAUAACCCAGAGAGGAAGGUUUAUAUUACGACCAUGCCUAAGGAUCCUACGACUGAGGAUAAGGAUGUGACGAUGGUCAGUGUAGAAGAUUCAUAGCGACAGUGCAUGUUGCAUAUUCCACAUGCUUUGUAGAAUUGUAUCCCGCCUAUGCUAGUUCCUGUUAUCGUCGAUCGAUAAUACGAGAAUGAUUGAUUGCUUUACAUAUAGUAUUUUUUUUAAUACAUUUUGCUGUAUGCACGUAACUAUG